AUGAAAGUUAUUUUGGCUGAAAGGUGCCAAAAGCAAUGGUCAAAAUUGGGGAGGAAGGAGGGGAGGAAGAGGAACCGAGACGACAAGGCAAUCCACGAGGAAAGGCUGUAUUCUACAAAGAAAGGCAGCUUGGAUUCUAGCAAGAAGAAGGCAUCAAAGAGGACUGCCAACGAAGACACGGACUCGGAUGAAGAUUCGGAUUCCGACAGCGAUGAUGAUGUUCCUGGUGUGAAAAGGGGUGAAAGUGCAUUCUGGAAGCAGAAGAUGCGCACCCAUCACCAUGCCAUCGACGUCAACAAGGACGGGACGGUGUCUUGGGACGACUUUGAUGAGAUGGCCAAGAGAUUUGCAAAGCUGGGGUAUCUGACAGCAGAACAGCAGGCCUCAUUUGUUAGCACUCUCAGGAGGAGGAACUGUCUGUUUCAGAACUUCUGGGAACAAUACUGGGGAGCUUCGACAGAUCCGUAUGCCUUCAUCAUGACUGAAGAGUUCCUGCGCAGCAUGCAGCACGUGGUUAACACUCCAGAGCUUAGGAAGAAAGUGGCUUCACCCUUGCCUUUCUUCUUCAAGGCUGUGGAUAAUGAUGGGAGUGGUGAGAUUUCCGUGGAAGAAUUCAAGGCAUUCUUCAACUGCCUUGGUUUGACAGAUCAGGAUGCAGUCAACACCUUCAAGGCCAUUGACACCAACGGAGAUGGUCUGCUGAGCCUGGAGGAGUUUGUCUCUCUGGGGAAGGAUUUCUUUCUCUCUGAAGAUCCAACCAGUCCCAGCAAGUAUUUCUGGGGGCCCCUUGUACCUUGAGUGUGGGGAUUAGAAGACCCUCUGUUAAUAGUCUAAAGGCAGCCCAGGGAUGGUCAUUUACUGAAGAAAUUUUUAAGGGCACUAUGGGAUUUGUACAGGAAUGGGUUGCCACUGUGAUCUGAUGCUCUCAUAUGUCAGAGGAACCACAACCAACAAACCUGCCAUUACAGCCUCCUAGACCGGUGAUCUUUUGUCCAUUGUUACAAUAGAGACUUUCAUAGAAAUUUUAUGGGAUAUUUCUGCUGGAUUAUAUGAAGGUGGUCACUUUCAUCUUGUUAAUAGUAUUGAUGUAACAUGACUUGCAAGUCCCUCAACCAUAGUAGCAGUAGGUGGGAAACUACAAGUCUUAGGUGCAAGGAUAUGCAUCUGUGGGAGGUAUUCUGUUUAGGCUGAACAUUUACUGGUAGAGUAGAGAUUAUGUACACAUUUGUUGCAUUCUUCAGGUAAGACUAUGAUAUAUGUUGAAAUUCUCCAGCCUGAAUCAGGCUCUACUUACAGAUAUUGCCAUUUCUCAGUACAAGGUCUUGAACCUCGUUUUCCAUAACCUCAGGUACAAAUGCCAGAAGGUUUGGCAGGUCUUUUUGAGCUUUUUAUAACAAUUCAUUGUUUUUACAUACACAGGAGGGAUUCACUGCCUUACUUUGUGAUAUAAUCUGAUGUGGUUCAAUUUGUCUGAUGGGAAAAAAUGAUUUGAUAUAUCUGUGUGUGCUUCCAUUUUUGACAACGUUCCAAUAGCUAUUUUGGGGACCAAGUACAGGGAUGUGUUUCAUAAAGUUGUUUGUUUUUUGAUUGAGCAAAAAACUGGUUCAUGGUAAUUGAGAACAAUAUCACUUCGUCAAGCAUCAUUUUAAAAAUCCUGUUGAAUUGUGCAUAUUUUAAUAAAUGAUAUAUUUGUCACUGAUCAUUUCAUACCC